CAAGGUCUGUGUAAUGUAAUGAUUUACGUUUCAACUAUGCCUCGCUCUUAAAUGAAGACGAUAAUAAUAGUAAUAAUAAUAAUAUAUUUUAAUAAUGCAAUUUUCAGUUGCCAAUUCAAAUAGAAAUAAAGAAAACGUUCCAACCGACAAUACAUUAAACGACAACGCAGUGGAUGAAGUAAAUUAUAUAAAACUGUCACAAUCGACUUUAAAAGAAAUACUAACUGAAAUAAAAGAAAUAAGAAAGGGACAAGAUAAAAUACUUCAAAAAAUAAAUAAUUUGGAAAACAAAUCAAAAAGUAGUAAAGAUAUUUUACAAGCUGUUCAGGAAUUGAACCUUCCGGUGCAAACUGUAGAACAGUUUCAGAUUUUAAUAAAAGAUGAAAAAGCAUUAUCCAUUUUGGAACGAUAUUUUAUCCUUCUUGGGGGACUGAACAUUUCAAAUGCAUUAGAUGGCUUCUUGAAGGCAAGUGUAACGGAUAAAUUAAUUAAGACAUCUUUUACAUGGAAAGAGGGUGAACAAAAAAUUCGGUUUCGGGAAACGCCUUUAAGUCUACGAUAUUAUGGUGCUCUUCGACAAAUUGAACAAUUUAAAAAUACCUCUAUUAAAGAGUUUGAAGUGGAAAUGGCCAAAGUAAUAAAAAAUGCACAACAGCGUCACUACAUGGUUCAACAUAGAGUAAUGCAAGUAAGCUCCAGUGCUUUGCAACGAUCUAAAAUGGAAGAGGAGCUUGCGGCUAACUAUGCGUCAGCUGCCGCUCGUAAUCGACAGUAAUCGAGUAAUUAUCCUAACCCUUCGUAUGAUAUAAGCUAAUUAAUAUAAUACGUAUACAUAUAAUAUAAUACAUAUACUUUAUUUAUGUCAUUAAUAAUAUUUAUUGUGAUAUAAAUAAAUAACUGUAAUAAACAUCUGCACAUCUAACAUGAAAUAUAUAUACAAAUUGUGAUAAAAUAAAACUUAAAUAUAUAUUUUC